AUGGCAGCGUCGGCGGAGACCUUGGGCCAGCAGCAAGUUGGCCUCGUGGGCGCCGGCCGCAUGGCGGAGGCUUUUGCGUGGGGACUCAUCCGAGCAAGAAAGGUGGAAGCUCAGAACGUGCUGGCCAGCGCACCAACUGACCGGAACGUCUGCCUCUUCCAGGCUCUGGCCUGCCAGACCACCCACGCCAACCGGGAGGUGCUGCAGAGUUGUCCCCUCGUCUUCUUCGCCACCAAGCCCCAUGUGCUGCCAGACGUCCUGCUGGAGGUGGCCCCCGUGGUCACUGCUGAGCAUAUCCUGGUGUCUGCGGCUGCUGGGGUCCCUCUGAGAACCCUGGAGGAGGUGUGCGCUUUCUCUGAAGCCCUGGCCGAGGGUGCCAUCCAGAUGGGCAUGCCCAGUGACCUGGCCCACCGCAUUGUCGCUCAGACCCUGCUGGGCACUGCCAAACUGCUGCUGCAGGAGAAUCGACACCCCGCCCAGCUUCGGACAGACGUGUGCACCCCAGCCAGCACCGCGAUCUACGGAAUCCACACCCUGGAACAAGGUGGGCUUCGGGCAGCUGCCAUGGGUGCUGUCGAGGCUGCCACCAACCGGGCCAGGGAGCUCAGCAGGAAGUAG